AUGGCUGCUACAACAGUUAAAACUGAAGCUAUUUUAAAUGACAAAAUGAAAUUUCGUACACAAAUUAUCGAUGGAAAGCCACAGAUAUUCUUUGAUACAAAUGAAUCUUCAGAAAAAUCAAGAACAAAACGAAAUAGUCGAGCAACAAAUAGUACAAAUCGUCUUCCGGAUCAAAAUAAAAAUAAAUUCAAUAAUCAACAGUCUUCAGCACAAAAGGGUGCGAAUAAACAAAAAGCUAAAACUGAACAAUCAGCGAAUAAAGUACGAGUUAAUGACGAUGGUUCAUCAUUAGGAGUUUAUAUGACUAUGGACGAACUAGCUGAACUUGUCAAAGCUGUAAAAGAAAAUGCCAAAACUGAUGAUAAGCCUCAAAACGAAGUUAAACCAGAGUCAAUGCCGCCACCGCCACCUCCGCCACCAGUACAGCAAUACAAUGAAACAACAACUCGGCCAAGUAUUCCUAAAUUAGAACUACCGUCGGAACCUGCACCAGCUCGUAUUUCACCUCGAGAACAAGUUCUAAGUAUUAUGGCUGAAAAGAAACGUCAAAAAUGGAUACGAGAAAAAGCUGAAAUUGAACGAUUACAAAUGGAAAUCGAAUACGAUCAAUUGAAACAACAAUUAUCUCCUCGUCAUAACAAGCCUUCUGUAUCUCCCGAACGAUCAACAUUUCAAUAUGAUUUUCCAACAUCAAACAACAGACCGCCACCUGUCCCAUCGGGUCCACAACCAUUCAAACCAAAUGAGCAUAUGCAUGACAUUCCUGCAAAAAUCACCGAAAAUCAAAAUAAUGAUCUGUUAAAAACACAACUAAUGGAAAGGAAACAACAACAGUGGAAACAAGAAAAUUCUGAAAAAAAUCCAAAUUGGAAUCCUUUCGGCCGUCCAGGUGCUGGGGCUCCUAAUCUCAACGAAAGUUAUCAAAGAACAUCUCAAGUAACAUCAAAUAACGUUACAUCAUACCGUCCACCAAUGCAACAACAAUAUUCUGAUACUUCAUCACCAACAUUAUCCACCACAAAUAUUCAUAGUGAUCAAACACAUAUUCCAGCCGCUAUGCGAAGAAAUUUAUUAUUUGGUGAUGUUCGUUUUGAAGACGAUGUUAAGACAGCGAAAGAAAUCGAACGUCGUCAAUGGUUAGAAGAUUUGCAAAGGCAAGUUGAAGAAAAAAAGCAAAGAAAAUUCAGUGUAUACGAAACAGAUCGUCGACAAGAUUUUUUACGUGAAAAUGUUCAACCAAUUAUUCAAGAAGCUGCCAGUCGACAUCAACAACCAACAAUGGAAACAAAUGAUCCAACGAAAUAUGAGAGAAGAUCUCAAUUAUUGGAUAAACUUCAACGUAAUGGAUAUCCAAUAGAUUCACUAGAUGGUAGAUCAAACGGUUCAGUAUCGAAUCAAACAACAGGCGACAAAAUUUUCGGUUCAACUUAUGAUUCAGCAUCAGCACAAAAUAUGACAACUAAAGUUGAACCAUUGCAUUUGAAUGUCGGUAUGGAUCGACAUCAAGCUUAUCGAUCGAAAGACACUCGUCGCGAUGAAUCUGUUAAUACAGUUGAUUCUACUUUUCGAAGUGAUCAUGGUGUUCAAACUGAUCUUGGAAUGUCACAAAAUCGACAAACAAAUCCCUAUGCUUAUGAAGACUCAGACCUACCUCCUCAAGUUCCCAAUCAUCAUUUUCGUAACUCAGGUUAUCGUAAUAUUCCAAAUCAACCAGGCAAAAACAAUCCUCGGUUUCAUUCACAAGAUGAUAACAAUCCAUCGCGUCGUACGUCAACAAUGAAUCAUAGGAAUUCCAGUGAUGACGGUACAGCAUCUCAAAUGAGUAAUGCGCGUAGUUUCAAUGGUCCAAGAGAUGUCAAUAAUCGUCCACUGUGGAAUUAUAGAAAUGCAGAACAUCGUGAAUAUAUUCCAAAUUCAAAACGUGAUCCUCAUUAUGAAAAACGACAACGUCUUAAACAUUUCGAGCAAGGCAAUUUCGAUCGUAUUGAUGAUGUUCAAAAGAAAAUAUGCUACAAUCGUUGGAAUAGCGAUAGUGAAUUACAACAAAAGAAACAUGCUCCAACAAAUCGUAUACGUUCAACAACAUCAAAAAUGUCAGGAUUCGGAACGCAUAAAGACGAAAGUAUUAUGAAUCUACUCAAAGUACAAAAUCGAUUUGAACAAGAAAAUUUUGCCGCAAGAAAAGCGUCAUCACUCCACAAUAAAAAUGACGAUGAAUAUAAUUCAAAUCGCGGAUCAUCAUUAGAUAAAUAUGAUAAUUAUAACACUCACACCCGAUCAGAUGAGGUAUAUGAUCGAGCAAAAAUGAAUUCACCAUCAUCUCACUCAAGAGACACAUCACCUCAUAAAGAAUUAUUAGAAAACCAUACAAAUGAUAAUUAUCAACAACAAGAAUGGGAUAAUACAAGUAGACAAAUGCCUCCAAUGGAAUCUCCAUCAUACAAUCCACCACAAUCAAGACAAGAACAUAUCCUUCAGCAACUAUCUGCUAUUAAAGAAAAUUUGGUUCGUCGACAACGAGAACUUGCAUGCUAA